AUGGCUAACAGAGGACCAAGCUAUGGCUUAAGCCGAGAAGUACAGGAAAAGAUUGAACAGAAAUACGACCCAGAAUUAGAGUCUAGGCUGGUGAACUGGAUUAUUGUGCAGUGUGGAGAACAGAUAGAGCACCCUCCUCCUGGAAGGCAACAUUUUCAGACCUGGUUGAUGGAUGGAACGCUGUUAUGCAAGUUAAUAAACAGUUUGCAUCCAAAGGGAAAUGAGCCUAUUGCAAAGAUCUCUGAAUCAAAAAUGGCUUUCAAGCAGAUGGAACAAAUUUCUCAGUUCUUAAAAGCUGCUGAAAUCUACGGAGUAAGAACAACAGAUAUUUUCCAGACAGUGGAUUUAUGGGAAGGGAAGGACAUGGCAGCAGUGCAGAGAACCUUAAUGGCUUUGGGCAGUUUGGCAGUCACCAAGGAUGAUGGCUGCUACAAAGGAGAUCCCUCCUGGUUCCACAGGAAAGCACAGCAGAAUCGACGAGGAUUUUCAGAAGAGCAGCUUCGGCAGGGACAGAAUGUAAUAGGCCUUCAGAUGGGCAGCAACAAAGGAGCAUCACAGUCGGGUAUGACAGGCUAUGGGAUGCCAAGGCAGAUUAUCUAAAAGCAUCUCUGCCUGUGGAGAAAACACUCUUUCUGCAGCAUGGCCUGUCAAGGAAAAAAAAAAAAAAAAAUUAAA